AUGGGUUCCUCACCAUUCUCCAUGAGGUCAAUCCUCGCGCUUCUUCUGCUGGUUCUGCAGCUGGCUUCUGCCCUGAAAUUUGAUCUGCACGCCACAUCUGGUAAAACCGAGCGAUGCAUUCGCAACUUUGUGUCCAAGGACCAGUUGGUCGUUGUGACGGCGAUUGUUAGCGGCCAGAAGGGUGAUGGUCAGCGGGUGAAUAUGCAUAUCAAGGAUGCUAUAGGCAACGACCACGGUCGUCCCAAGGACAUCGUUGGUGAAGUCCGCCAGGCCUUUACUGCGCCUGCAGACACUGCCUUUGAUGUGUGUCUCGACAACCAGCUUGUUGGUCGCAACAAUGUUGCCAAUCCCUUCCGUGAAAUCGAUCUUGACGUUGAAAUCGGCGCCGACGCCCGUGACUGGUCCAGCAUCCAAGCGCAAGAGAAGCUCAAGCCCGUUGAAACCGACCUCCGACGUCUUGAGGAGAUGGUCGCCGACAUUGUCACCGAGAUGGAAUACCUUCGCAUGCGUGAGCAGCGCCUUCGCGACACCAACGAGAGCACCAACGAGCGAGUGAAAUGGUUCGCAUUCGGCACGAUGGGUAUGCUGGUCGGUCUGGGUGCCUGGCAAGUCGUGUACCUGCGGGCGUACUUCCGAUCCAAGCACCUUAUCUAG